ACGUCGACCCCCUUUGAAAACAAGCACCGAAAAAUGGACACACUGGCCACAACUGAGAAGAAGCCUCAUGUAAUUUUUAUCCCACUACCAGCCCAAAGCCACAUAAAGGCCAUGCUCAAACUUGCAGAGCUUCUCCACCACCUUGGACUCCAAAUUACCUUUGUUAACACGGAGUAUAUCCACAAGCGUCUGAUUCGUUCCAGUGGUUCUCAAAGCCUUGAUGGGUCAUUUGGUUUUCAAUUUGAAACCAUCCCUGACAGCAUUCCUCGUAGUUCUGAAGAUGACGACGGUGGAGAACUACUAUUGCAUUACGUUGAAACCACUUUCUUGGCUCCUUUUCUUGAUCUUGCAACCAAUCUUCCAACUCCUUCUACUUGUAUCAUAUCCGAUGGAUUCAUGUCGGCUUUCACUAUUGAGGCUGCACAAAAGCUAGGAAUCCCCAUCAUGCUCUACUGGACUUUUUCAGCUUGCGGCUUCAUGGGUAUUUACCAAGUCCAAUCUCUCAUCGACAAAGGACUUACACCACUAAAAGAUGAAACUUACCUGACAAAUGGGUAUUUAGAAACCAUUGUUGAUUGGAUUCCCGGGAUGGAAGGAAUUCGGCUGAAGGAUAUGAACAGCAUCAUUCGGACUACAGACCCUGACGAUAAAAUCUUGACAUUUUGUAUCGAGGCUACACAAAAGUCCAACGAUGUCAUACACCAUAUAUUCCACACUUUUGAUUCUUUGGAGUCUAGUAUCAUCGAUGCUCUCUCAUCUGUGUUUCCUAAAGUCUACACGGUUGGUCCAGUGCAGUUACUUCUUUAUCAGAAGCCAAACAAAGAACCACAGCCUGAAAUGUCGAAAUCCAUUGGAUACAGCUUGUGGAAAGAAGAACCAGAGUGUUUCGAAUGGCUCGAAUCCAAGGAACCAAACUCUGUCAUUUAUGUGAGUUUUGGGAGUAGUACAGUAAUGUCUUUACAAGAUCUUUUAGAAUUUGGUUGGGGACUUGCUGAUAGCAACCACUAUUUUAUUUGGGUAAUCCGAUCUGAUCUGCUUAACAGUGAAUCGAAAGUUUUGCCUCCUGAAUUUGAAGAAUGUAUAAAAAAGAGAGGUUUCAUAACAAGCUGGUGCUCACAGGAAAAGGUCCUGAACCACCCUUCUGUUGGAGGGUUCUUGACUCAUUGUGGUUGGGGUUCGACCAUUGAGAGCUUGUCCGCUGGUGUGCCAAUGAUAUGCUGGCCUUUUAUGUGGGACCAGUAUACAAAUUGCAGGUAUAUAUGCAAGGAAUGGGGGGUUGGGCUGGAGAUGGGGAAGGACGUAAAAAGGGAGGAAGUCAGUAAGCUUGUAAAAGAGUUGAUGGGAGAAGGAGGUCACAAAAUGAGGAACAAAGCCAUUGAGUGGCAGGGACAUGCGCAAAACGCAACAAGUCCCAACGGAUCAUCUUCUCUGAAUGUAAACAAGCUUAUUGAAGAAAUCCUUAUGCUGUCAAGGAACUAAGUGUUUCUCUAUAACACAAUAUGUACCGAUUUAGUGUGGUGCGCAAUACUUUUAAGCACAUAAAAAAUCAUUGAUGUUUAUUGCGGUGUUGUGAACAAGCAUAUUUUGUUUUUUGUCGCAUUAGUUUUAUUUUCAA